AUGUCGAUUUUAUCUCCCACUUUACAACAGGGUCCUCUCCAAUACCCUCAAAUCUCAUGCUGUUCUUCUUCCUCUUGCUCUCUUAUCGCCCACAAGCCUCAAGUUUCGUCUAUCUCCCCUGUUUCCACCACCUUGAGUAGCAGUUGCAGCAGUUUUUUAAGCUCUAAGUUGAGGGCUCAUUAUGUUGCUGUUAAGUUCCUGCUUCCUCCUCCAAGGCCAUUCACCAUUCGGAUGGCAUGGGAUGGUCCCCUUUCGUCCGUCAAAUUAAUUGUUCAGGGCAAAAAUUUUGAGUUGUCGCCAGCAGUGAAGACUCAUGUGGAGGAGAAGUUGGGGAAGGCGGUGCAGAAGCAUAGCCAUCUGGUGAGGGAAGUUGAUGUUAGGUUGUCUGUCCGAGGUGGUGAGUUUGGCAAAGGCCCCAGAAUUCGCAGAUGUGAGGUGACUUUGUUUACCAAGAAGCAUGGUGUGGUUCGAGCAGAGGAGGAUGCAGAAAGUAUGUAUGCAAGCAUAGAUUUAGUGGCAUCGAUUAUCCAGAGAAAGUUGAGGAAGAUUAAGGAAAAGGAUUCAGAUCAUGGUCGUCAUAUGAAGGGCUUUGAUAGACUCACCUACCGAGAAGCCGGUGGCCCCCUAGGUGUUGAUCCCUUGGAGACAGUUUCAGAUGGAGAGGAAGAGACUGUUCCCGGAGGAAAUGAAGAUGAAGUAGACAUUGCCAAUGAGAUUGUUCGCACAAAAUACUUUGACAUGCCACCUUUGACCCUGAGCGAAGCAAUCGAGCAGCUGGAAAAUUUAGAUCAUGAUUUCUAUGGUUUUCGGAAUGAGGAAACAGGUGAUAUCAACAUUGUUUACAAACGAAAAGCUGGAGGAUAUGGAGUUAUCAUUCCCAAGGGCAAUGGUAAAGCAGAAAAAUUGGAGCCAGUGACAAUUGAGCAGAGCCACGUGAGCUAA